CCCGCCAAAUUCUCCCGCGAAGGAAUGUUCCCGCCAUUGCAACCUUCUCUUUCUCAUUCCCUAUUUAACAAACACACCCAUUUCUACAAUUCCCGCCAUCACUAUUUUCUCCUCUUCUUUAUUUCAAAUUAGGUUAACUCAAUCGCCAAUUUCUCAUCUCAUUCUCUCACAAAAUGAUAUCUCUUGGCCCUAGCAAGUUCUACGGCACUAGUCUCCCCCGCCCUCGCAUUUACACCGACGUCAAGUUUAACGAUCACCGUGUGGAUCCACCCGCUACUGUCAGCGAACCGUUACUGUCUUGGGCCGAAGAAGCCCACUGGUCCAUGGGUGGCCUCAGCUUCAAGCGCCUCCGUCUACAGGGCAAAAUCGAGGGCAAUGUGCAAAGACUCCGCUCCCAGCGCGAAAAGGCCCAAUCACAAAGCCCAAUACCUCCGGCCCACUCUGGAUCCAAUAUAGACGCUUCUCCUGCGCCACCACCGGCUCCGUUAGUGACGAAACGUCGACGGUGCGUGGAUGUGAUCGAGGAGGAUGUUUGUGUAGGUCGGAAGAGUCGGUUAGUGAGGAAGCUUGGUGACGAUUUUGAUAGGGUGGCCUCUUUGGAGAUCGAGAGUUCUAAUACGGUGUCGUUUACAGCUCCGAGUCGGAGAUUGGCGAAGGGUGGCGAAACUGUGGAGAAGACGGUGGCUGAAUCGGCGGAGAAAUCAAAUACCAAAGCAAAGAAGAGUAGCGGAGGAGACGCGAAGAGUCCUAGGGUCAGAACUUCACCCAGAUUUGCCAAGCGUGUAGCCAAUUAGCUUGUUUUUAAUUUAAUAAUUUUAUGAGGAUCAAGAUGCAAAUUCAUGUAAAUCCUACGCAUUUCAGUUUCUGAGAAAAUGUAAAUAUGAUUUCAAGAUUCUGUUAAACUUUUGGAAUGUUCUUUUUUUAA